AGCAUUCCAGCCUCGAGUCGACGACAACUCGCGCCCUUCGCUCCGCUCGUCCUUCGCCAUGCCGCUGUCGCCCAUGCCCGUCACUGCCCUCGAGGAGGUUGAAGCCAAGGUUUCGGUGCCCGACGGGGCCGGAGCCGCGGAGGCGCAAGGCGCGGAGAAGCCGGACACGCCCGAGACCGCCAAAACGGCGGAUGAGCCCGAAGACGCGGAGAAGCCAGAAGCCCCUGACACCUCCAAAGCGGCGGAUGCUGUGGACGCCAAUGCCGCGGACGAGGACGAGAAGGAUGCGGAGGACGUCAAGGAGAAGGAUGAGGUCAAGGACUCGGAGAAGCCCAGGCGCAAGGCCGGCCUCCGCGCGCGGGUCUUGGCGGAGCUGAAGUCCGCGAGCCCUUUGGACAUGAUGGCGCGGCUGGAGGCCGAACUGGCGGAGCACGACGGCCUUAUCGCGGCCGCCCGGGCCGCGGAGGCUGCGAAGCAGCUGCUGGUGGAGGAGGCCAUGGUUGAGGUGGAGCGCGAGAGCCAGGUGGUGAAGGCGGCCGAGGAGAUCGAGGCACAAGCGCUGACCCGCGUCAAGGACCUUCAGAAGCGGAAGCGCGAGGCGGCCAAAAAAGUGGCAGAGCGCAAGAAGGAGGUCCAGCACCAGGAGGACCUGCUGGUGCUGCUGGGCUUCGAGGUGGAGCGGCGCCGGAAGCUGCAGGAGGCCGAGGCCAGCGCGGAGAGCGAGCAGGACGCCAAGCGCCAGAAGAUCCAGGAGCUGCUGCAGGUGGCUGAGGAAGCCAAGAAGGCUCAGGAUGAAAUGCGUCAGCGCGAGAAGGAAGCACGCCAAGCCGUUCGGCAGCUGGAGAAGGAGCAGAAGCAGCGGCUGGGACCCUUUGGCCGCAGGGUGGCACGGAAGGCCAAGGCUGCGGAGGUCGAGAAGACACCGGCGCCCGAGCCCGCCUCAGGCGAGCAAGGCGCGGUCGUGAACCUUGUGCCGGUGAAGUGCGAAGCUGCUUUGCGGCCCUUCCCGGCGCGAGCUGAGAUGACGGAAAAGCUGAUCAUCAGCAUUGAGGACUCUCAGUGAAUUCAGCCCGCAUCGCUUUGCCGUCGGUGUUCGGUGACCCCUAUUCCGUGUUCUAAGUUCCCAAAGCUGGGCCCAGGUGUGAUUCAAUGGAUCUGAAUACCAAGAGGCAGCGUUUUUCGCCAGGCACACUUGUACAGAACAUGGUUUCAGCUUCGUCUCUUGUGCAUUCUCGAGGCAACUCCAUGAGUGCUUGGCAGAUCUGGGAGUUUCUUGUUUUGAGAAACUUUCAUGGAAGUUCCCGUCCAGAGCUAGCGAUUAGCGCAGCUGACUGCGGGCAGUGCGAGCACUGCUCUCAGUCUCUCAGCAAGACGUCACUUGGGGCUGGGUUGCCCGGUGGCUGAUGCCUGAGGCCGGACGAUUUGGAAGGGAAUUG